AUGAAAAGAAGCAGUUGUCAUAGUAUGAAGUUACAGCCUGACAAAGCCAGAAGAGGUCGUUCUCAAAGAGAUUGUGUUGGUAAAUCAUGUUUAUUGCUACAGUUUACUGACAAGAGAUUUCAGCCAGUGCAUGACCUCACUAUUGGUGUAGAGUUUGGUGCUCGAAUGAUAACAAUUGAUGGAAAACAGAUAAAACUCCAGAUCUGGGACACUGCCGGGCAAGAGUCCUUUCGUUCCAUCACAAGGUCAUAUUACAGAGGUGCUGCAGGGGCUUUACUAGUAUAUGAUAUUACAAGGAGAGAUACAUUCAACCACUUGACAACUUGGUUAGAGGAUGCCCGCCAGCAUUCCAAUUCUAACAUGGUCAUUAUGCUUAUUGGAAAUAAAAGCGAUUUGGAAUCUAGAAGAGAAGUAAAAAAAGAAGAAGGUGAAGCUUUUGCACGAGAACAUGGGCUUAUCUUCAUGGAAACUUCUGCUAAAACUGCUUCCAAUGUAGAAGAGGCAUUUAUUAAUACAGCAAAAGAAAUUUAUGAAAAAAUUCAAGAAGGCGUCUUUGACAUUAAUAACGAGGCAAAUGGCAUUAAAAUUGGCCCCCAGCAUGCUGCUACUAAUGCGACGCAUGCAGGCAAUCAGGGAGGACAGCAGGCUGGGGGAGGCUGCUGUUGAGUCUGUUUUAACUGUCUUAACUGCCCAAGUAGGGCUACUCACUUAUUAUUUCACCCUCUCUGCUCCUGCUCCACUGAGACAUGAAACUAUAUGAGAUGGCUUUGUGUCACAGAAGACUUUAAUCCUUCAAAUUCUUGUAUAACUUUGAAUAAAUGGUUAAUGUUCACUUAAAAAGACAAAUUUUGGAGAUUGUAUUCAUAUCUAUUUGCAUUUGAUUUCUAGGUCAAUUGAUGUGAUUAUUUUUGUUAAAUGUUGUCUUGUGCCCUUAACUACAAACUGAAUUGUAUUAAACACUACAAAGUCAUCUUGAGUAUUUUAAAUCAGUUGGUGUAGUUAGGUUUCCCAAUACCUGUGGUUACCUAAUGUUUAAUACUACAGAACUGUCCUCAAAAGUUUGUAAAUUUUCAAGGCUAUAAGGAAAAGUAGAAGGACUCUUUUAUUUCUGUAUUUAUCAUUUACUUUCUGUAUAUAUAGUUUAAUAACCUGCUUGGGUGUAAUUUGCCAAGCUUGAAUUCUUUAAUGCAUUUGCAUAAAUUCUCCACUGUUUAGAGCUUAAAGCUACAGAAGCAUUGUUAGGAAUUGCUUGGACAUUGAAUUUUAAAUUUUUUGACAUUGUUAAACAAGCAUGUUCAUCUUUUCUUGUCACUAGUUCAAGAAAAAUAUGCUUAAUAUAUACUACUAAAGGCUACUUGUGUGUUAACCUGUUUUAAUGCCAAAAGUUUGCUAUUUGUCCACAUUUUCCUUAAGAACUCUUCAGAAAAGGAUUUGUUUGCCUUAAUGAAUACUGUUGUGUAAAAACGGUAUAAUGAGUGGAAAGGGCAGAAGCAAGAAAACCCUACAUCUCAGCUACUCCAA